AUGCAGGCAUGGUUUAUGGAUGAUAGCAAUGAAGAUCAGAGACUUCCUCAUCAUCGUAACUCAAAAGAGCUCGUCACUGUGGAUAACUUGGCAGAGCUUGGAGUGUUGUACUGGAAGUUGAACCCUAAGAAAUACGAGAAUGAUUCUGAACUAGGCAAGAUUAGAGAAGAAAGGGGUUACGACUACAUGGAUUUACUGGAUCUGUGUCCUGAGAAAGUUAGUAACUACGAGGAGAAGCUGAAGAACUUUUUCACAGAACACAUUCACAAGGACGAAGAGAUUCGUUACUGCUUAGCGGGAAGUGGCUACUUUGAUGUUAGGGACAAGGAUGACCGUUGGAUCCGGAUCUGGAUGAAACCGGGAGAUCUCAUUGUCCUUCCCGCCGGAAUCUACCACCGGUUCACACUCGACACUAGCAACUACAUCAAGCUAAUGAGGCUGUUCGUUGGAGAACCGGUCUGGACACCAUAUAACCGGCCGCAGGAAGAACAUCCGGUUAGGAAGGAGUAUAUAAAGAGCUUAAACCACAAGUUUCGAGAAAGCAUUCAAGCUCAUUGAGAAGAUGUAUGGCUUUGUGGUGUAUUUGUAGGUAUUGUGUUCACCAGUAAAAACAGAGGCUCCUUCCGAAUACUUGUGCUUGUAAUACUUUUGCAAUAUACAUAUGCUUCAAUACCUAAGAUAUCAUAUUAUUAAUUGGCAAACACGUUGGAUUAUGAUUGAAAGUUAUCAUGGUUGAUUACUUUUUAUCCUUUAUAUUAAAAAAAUUUAUUUACUUUUAAUGAAAUUAACAGAUUA